AUGCAGACUUAUUCACGUUUAUAUGGCUUUGACAUCUACCCGAUUUUAGAGAACUCAGUCUCUGUCCUAACUGCCAGGGAUCUGCUUGUAAGUGAAGCAAGUCCCAAGCUGGCUAGACUACCUACAAGUGUCGCGCGACUUUGGUUCUUCUGCCUCAGGCAUCAAAGUGGACAGAACCUCAGCACCAAAACGCUACCACUCGGCACUUUCUCCGACAAGUCAUCAAUUGUAGAGCUAGUUGGUCGCCGCAACGCAGUCAAUUCGCCCAAGAUGCUUUCCCAACGAAUUGUUCGCUCCUCGGCCCUGCGCAGCAGCCUCGCCGCUGCCCGCCGUGCGCCCGUUGUCCAGCGACGAUCUUACCUGCCGACUCAUUACGCCGAUAAGAAGACUCUCGACGAGAAAUAUCCCGACCCCCCUACGAUGACUGCGGCCGAGGACCCCGGCAUGAACGGCGGAUACAUCAACCCUCCCCGCGUCAAGAGACAACACCGCGACCCUUAUGCUCAAUGGUGGGACCCCCAGGAGCGCCGCAACUUCGGCGAGCCUGUUCACGAGGAUAACGAUGUGCUCGGCAUCUUCUCGCCUUGGGACUACACCUGGACCACGACCGGCCCCGGCCUAAUCAUGAUUGGCACCUUUGUCGCUACUUUCCUCGGUGUCUGCGGAAUUGUCUACCUCAACUACCCCGAUCGGCCUUCAUACCCCCGUGAAUUUGAGGGCGGGCUGGAGAAAGAGCUUGGAGGACCUGGUGCCGUGAGAGCACGCAUGGAGGGAGACGAAGAGCCUUAA